AUGUUGGGUGUUAGCAGUAGUGGCAGUAGUACCGUUGGCGGUGACGUGAAUCCAGAUUUACUUCAGGAAGUUCGUUUAUACGAAAAUAGUAUGGAACGUGAACGGGUAGAUAAUAUGAGCGAAUUAUACGCUGUCUUAAAUGCCUUGGAGUGCUUAGAAAAGGUCUUUAGUCGUGAUUGUAUUCCAGCCAAGGAAUAUACUGCGGAAUGUUCGAAGCUUUUGGUGCAAUACAAGGUAGCUUUGCGUUUGGUACAAUGCGAUAUCGAUGAAUUCGUGAAGAAAUACCGUGUGGAAUGUCCUGCAGCGUUGGAAAGAAUCCGUGAAGAUCGACCAAUCACUGUAAAAGAUGAUAAAGGGAACACAUUGAAAUGCAUUGCAGAAAUUGUGGAAAUGUUCAUCACAUUUUUGGAUCAGCUGAAAUUGAACGUUCGAGCUGUUGAUGAGCUAUUUCCGACAUUGAAUGAAUUGAACGUCUCUAUCAGUUCAAUGAUUACAUUACCGGAUAACUUUGAUGCAAAACUUAAGGGCAAUAAACGUGUUAGGAGAGGGAAAGAGGCUAAAGGAGAUGAGUUUUGUCUGGUUGUGCAGUUUGAUGUUCAUGGUGAGGGAUUGCGUGGUAAACGAGUACUUUUGGAUAGUUAUAUUUCAUUCGAUAUAAAAAUGCCCUUAGCACGAGAUUUAUUAUAUCCAGAUCCUCAAAAGGAACGAGAGCGGUGUAAAUUGAAGAGGUUAGUACAGCAACCGAAUUCUUUCUUUAUGGAUGUAAAAUGUCCAGGAUGUUACAAAAUUACAACAGUGUUCAGUCACGCUCAGUCGGUAGUAGUUUGCGUUGGAUGUAAUACAGUACUAUGCCAACCGACUGGUGGAAAAGCCCAUUUAACAGAAGGAUGUUCGUUUCGGAAAAAGCAGCAUUAA